AUGCUUAAGUUUGCUGGUAAAAAAUACUACUCGCAGUUCGCUAAGGAUAGCUUCCGACUGUCUAAAUUAUCGAAUGGAAUGAAGGUAACGACAUCAGGAUCUCCGGGUCAUUUUAGUGCCUUGGGGCUGUACAUCGGCGCCGGAUCUCGUUAUGAGAAAAGGAGCCUCAAGGGCUGCACACAUAUUCUUGAUCGAUUGGCGUUCAAAUCUACAGAGCAUCAAGAUGCGAGGACCAUCACUGAGACAUUGGAGCUACUGGGAGGGAAUUACCAAUGCACGUCGUCCCGAGAGACGAUGAUGUACCAGGCGUCUGUGUUCCAUAGAGAUGUCGAAAAGAUGCUGAAUCUUAUGUGCGAGACUGUCAGAUUUCCAAGAAUUACUGAAGAAGAGUUGGAAGAGCAAAAGUUGACCGCGCAGUACGAAAUUGACGAAACAUGGUUAAAACCGGAUCUGGCUCUACCCGAACUUCUACACACUACUGCAUACUCUGGAGAGACUCUGGGCUCGCCAUUGCUUUGUCCUCGUGAACUGGUUCCAUCUAUUUCACGUUAUUACUUGAUGGACUAUAAAAAUAAAUUUUAUACACCUGAGAAUACGGUUGCAGCGUUUGUUGGGUUACCACAUGAAAAAGCAGUAGAGAUCGCCGAAAAGCAUUUUGGUGAUUGGGAAUCUAGUCACCCUCCUAUUUCCAAGUCUGCAGCAGUUUAUACUGGCGGUGAAACUUGUAUUCCACCCGGCCCCGUUUUCGGUGGCCUUCCAGAACUGUAUCAUAUACAGAUUGGUUUCGAAGGGUUACCCAUCGAUCAUCCUGAUAUCUAUGCACUAGCUACUCUACAAACUUUAUUAGGUGGUGGUGGAUCUUUUAGUGCUGGUGGCCCGGGAAAAGGUAUGUAUUCACGGCUGUACACACACGUUCUAAAUCAAUUCUAUUUCAUUGAGAAUUGUGUCGCAUUCAAUCACUCAUACUCUGAUUCUGGUAUAUUCGGAAUAUCCGUUUCAUGCGUGCCGGAAGCAGCAUCGCAAGUCGUGGAGGUUAUAGCUAGUCAAUUUCACAAUACAUUUGCGAAUGAUAACUUACAGUUGACUGAAGACGAAGUAUCUAGGGCGAAAAAUCAAUUAAAGUCAUCUUUAUUGAUGAAUUUAGAAUCCAAAUUAGUGGAGCUGGAAGAUAUGGGUAGACAAGUUCAGAUUCAUGGCACUAAGAUUCCUGUCUCGGAGAUGAUAUCGAAGAUUGAGAAAUUGACGCCGAGUGAUAUAAAACGUGUUGCCGAAAUGGUAUUUACUGGAAAAGUUCGUAAUUCAGCAAACUCUAGUGGUAAGGCAACUAUAGUUAUGCAAGGUACCAGAGAGGCUUUUGGUGAUGUAGAAGGCGUGUUGAGAAAUUACGGACUGGGCAACUAUCCAAAAUCUACUAGCCAUUCUUCUCAAAGCAUAAGCAAAAAGGCAAAAUGGUUUUAG